CCUGACUGCUCCCUGUCCAGUUCCCCCUGCAUGAAUAUAGUGAUGUAGUGGUACUGCUCCUCCAACCGGAUGGCGUUCACCACUGACGCGUAGCGGAUGUUCACCAAACACACCCCGGCUUCCUCCAGCACCUCUCUUGAUCGACACCAUGAGUUCGAAGCUGUGGACGGAGGAGCAGUUUAACUGUCCGGUGUGUCUGGAUCUCCCCAAUGAUCCCGUCACCAUCCCCUGCGGUCACAGCUACUGCAUGGCCUGCAUCAAGGAUUACUGGAGCAAGGAUGACCCCAAAGGGAUCUACAGCUGCCCUCAGUGCCGCCAGACCUUCUGCCCCAAGCCCACCCUGUCCAGGAACACCAUGCUGGCUGAAGCUGUGGAGCAACUCCGCAAAGGAGUCCCUAAAUCUGAGGUGCGGGAGUCGAUGAGAAGCGCCCGCGGGGUCGCCAGAUCCAAAGCAAAGCUGUCGUCCUCAGCUGUGCCGUGUGACAUGUGCAAAGGAGAACAGCAGGCGGCGGUGAAGAGCUGCCUGACGUGUAUGAGCUCCUUCUGUGAAGCCCACCUGAAGCCCCACAAGACCAAGAAGGCCCUGAAGGAGCACGAGCUCAUUGCGCCCACAGGGAAUCUGGCUGACAAGAUCUGCACCCAGCACAAGUACCUGCAGGAGUUCUUCUGUCGCCAGUGCAAGAUGUUCGUCUGCUGGCUGUGCACCAGCAACCAGCAUAAAGGUCACGAGUGUGUGUCCACCAAGGCUGAGCGGCUGGAGAGACAGAAAGUGCUGUCGGAGAUGCAGGCAGAGAACCAGCAGAAGCUGAAGGACAGAGGGCAGGAGCUGAAAGACAUGAAGAAGAUGAUAGAGGUGGUGAAGCGCUCUGCAGACCGAGUGCAUGAUGAUGGAGAGCAGGUUCUGUCAGAGCUUCGGCGCUCAGUGGAGCGUCUGCAGGAGCUGCUGGAGGAGGUUCUGGAUCAGGCCAGUCUGGAGAAGCUGGGUCAGGCCCAGGAGGUGGUCGACAACCUAGAGGCUGAGAUCAAGGAGCUGAAGAGGAGGGACGCUGAGAUGAAGGACCUGGUGCGCUGUGAAGACCACAUCCACUACCUGCAGACAUGUGAGUCCAUGUGCAGCCCACUGGAGUCUGGAGACCUUCCCACUGUGCAGGUCAACCCUGACGCUUCUUUUGAACCUGUGCGAGACGCCAUCUUGGACCUGAGGGAGAAAGUGGAAGAUCUGUGCAACCAGGAGCUUGGCAAGAUCACCAAACAAGUCAACGACACAACGCUGUUCACUUUGGGAGACGCCAACCGGAGCGGAGGACUUAAAGUGGGGAUUUUUAAAUUGUUUUCUGGUCUGGGUCCCCGCAACACAAACAGCCGCUCAGCAGCCUCUACUCCCAGUAUCUCAGUUGGAGGGCGCAGCACUGACAGACGAGGACUCGGCGUCGGUCUCAGAAGUCAAGACGUGAGGAGCAGAGACACACCACGAGGUGAGAUUUUCUACAGAGGAAACACGAACUCACCCAGACAGCGGGACAGACAGAGGAGAGACGACAGAGAGUCGGUGAGGGAGACCAACCCAAGACCGAGCCCCACUCCCAGCCGCAGAGAAUCCCAGUCUCUGUGGAGCAGGUCCAGUCAGAACCAGGUUGCCCCAACUGUGGCUCCCAGUCCAGUCCCAGUGGCCCCAACUCCUGCCCCAAUACCUGCACCUGCUCCUGCUCCUGCAUCAACCUCAGGUUUCAGUCGGAUGGCAUCGAUCAGCAGCAUCUUCCGCUCCCAUCGCCGUGGUACCACCCCGGCGACUCCAGUUACCCCGACCAAUAACACCCCGUCUGCAGGAGGAAGCCCAUGGGGGAUGUCUGCUCUGCCUGAAACACCAACGGAAGUCAACCCCGGCCUCUUCUUGGACUUGCCCACCGCGGACACCAUGAAUCACACUCCUGCUUUCCCUGCAUUGAGAGAAAUCAACAUAGACAGCAUCCAGGCCCCGGAGCCGAGCACCAGAGAGGAGUUCCUGCAGUACUCUGUGAAUUUGACCCUUGACCCCAACACAGCCCACAGGCGGCUGGCUCUGUCCGAGGGCAACACUAAAGCCACCCUGCAGGGGGCAGCGCAGCCUUACCCUGACGCCCCGCAGCGCUUCGACGGCUGGACCCAGGUGAUGUGCCAGAGCCCGCUGUACGCCCAGCGCUGCUACUGGGAGGUGGAGUGGAGGGGCCGCGGGUCCUCGAUGGGCGUCGCCUACGGGGCCCUGAGCAGGAAGGGCUCAGACGCCAGGUCGGGGCUCGGCUACAACGCCCAGUCCUGGACCCUGGAGCUGUCGGACACCUGCUGCUCGGCCAUGCACGACAACCAGAAGAGGGACAUAGCGGUCACCUACUCGCCCCGGCUGGGCAUCUACCUGGACCUGUCUGCAGGAACGCUGGCGUUCUACAGCGUCGCAGACAACAUGACGCACCUCCACAGCUUCUGCGCCAACUUCACCCAGCCGCUUUACGCCACCUUCGGGGUCGGGAGUGGAGUCGGCGUGGGUCUGGACUUUGCUCUCGGCCAGUUCAGCUCAAGUUCUGACAGCAUCAAGAUCUGUCCCAUGUGAGGCUGCAGGCUGACGGAUGAUGUUGUCCGGACAGUUUUCAUGCUGAUCAUUUGAAACUGUCGGGACACAGUGACUGAAAGUUUUUGUAAAGUCUGAUUUCAUACAUUUAAAUGCACUUACAGGAAGAAAUUUGUGUUCUGAAAAAACAAACAAACAUUGCAUUUUUUGCAUAUGACUCUAGAAAUGAAAAUGUGUUUCAUUUUUGACCCAGUCGUGAAAUUUAGCAAAGAUAUUCAUGAUACCCAGAGGAAAUAUCCAAGUGGCUUUUAGUCGUUAUAAUUCACACUCAAAUGUGAACUCUUCCCAGCCCUUAUUCCCUUUUUUUCUCUCUGACAUCUGGGUCAAACCUUUCUGCAUCACUUCUUCCAUCAAACCUGAGUCAUAAUAAACCACAGAGACACUGACUACA